UCAGCCUGAGCCUGAGCAGGGGGACAUGGCGGCGGUCCUGGCUAAGAAGUGCGGGCUACUACGGACCGGGUUAGUCCCGCAGUUGCUUACUACAACUGUGCGGCUUUUAAGCCAUGGAACAAAAGCAAUGUAUCAAAGUGACAAAUCUCAAGCUGGCUUCUUUUCACCUCUUCAUAAAGUGAUGUUGCCACCUGAUGCUUUUCACGGGAAAGUGGCCUUCAUCACGGGCGGUGGUACUGGCCUUGGAAAAGGAAUGACAACUGCACUUUCUAAUUUGGGAGCAGUGUGUGUAAUAGCAAGCCGGAAACUUGAUGUAUUGAAAGAAACUGCAGAAGAAAUUUCUUCUAAAACAGGAAAUAAGGUUCAUGCAGUUCAAUGUGAUGUGAGAGAUCCAGAAUCAGUUAGCAGUGCAAUUUCUCAGUUGAUCGAUGUGGCUGGACAUCCCAGUGUUAUAAUAAAUAACGCAGCUGGAAAUUUUGUCUCUCCCUCUGAACGUCUUUCUGCAAAUGCGUGGAAGACCAUCACUGAUAUUGUUCUCAAUGGUACUGCCUAUAUAACUCUAGGAAUUGGGAAAGAACUGAUAAAAGCACAAAAAGGGGCAGCUUUUCUUGCCAUUACAACAGUCUAUGCAGAAAGUGGGUCUGGGUUUGUAUCACCAAGUGCGUCUGCCAAAGCAGGUGUGGAAGCCCUGUGCAAGUCUCUUGCUGCUGAAUGGGGUAGAUAUGGCAUGAGAUUCAAUGUGAUUCAACCAGGUCCAAUAAAGACAAAGGGUGCUUUCAGCCGUCUUGACCCAACUGGUGUAUUUGAGAAAGUAAUGCUCGAGAGGAUUCCUUGUGGCCGCCUGGGAACCGUAGAGGAGAUUGCAAAUCUUGCCACCUACCUCUGCAGUGAUUAUGCAAGUUGGGUUAAUGGAGCAGUCAUUAGAAUGGAUGGUGGUGAAUAUGUGUCUAUGGCUGGAGAGUUUAAUGAACUGCGCAAGGUUACCAAUGAACAGUGGAAAAUGAUGGAAGAAAUAAUAAGGAAAACAAAGGGCUCAUAACUUGCUUUUUAGUGACAUUUUUUAUACAGAAGAUAUUUCUAUAAGUACUAUGAAUUACAUAGAUAAUGAUACUACCAAAAGAUUGACAUAACCAGCCAGAGAUGAAUAACUGCUUUAAAUUUACAUCAAGCACAAUGUUGGAUGCUAUGCAAACAAAGAUCAUAGCACAAAUACACACGUUAGUUGAUAUUAAUGAUA